AUGAAGAUGAAGGAAAUCUCUGAGGAGGAUCCAAACUUGGAUGACGUGGUGCCUAUCCCGGUUCAAAUCUUUCUCUGGCGACUCACAGCUCCCUUCGUCAGGCCCAGGCUUGGCAGAGUCCACGACGAUGAUUGCAUGUCGUUCGAGAAGGCUUUGGUACAAAAUCUUCGGUUGGGUCUUUCGAUUAGUUUAACGGAAUCGGAAGCAAUAGAAGCUAUUCCACGAUGGCGCCUGAUUCAAGCUGCAUUUCCUCAUGUAAUGCACUCUCUGGCAGCACUCUUACACAACAGGGUCAAAGACAACAUGCAGUCCCUGGGAAAUGUGGAAACUACCCUCCUGUACACAUUACAUUGGAUCCUCCUUGACGCCUCAGACGAAUGUGCUGACAAUGACUAUGAGAAUGGAGUAUUCUAUUCAAACCCUUUCCAUUACCUUUUCUCAGUACCUUCUAUAACACUUUUUGUAUUCCUCUUUGCACCAAUAUCUCAACACCUAAAGGAAUCUGAUUUCACCAACAACUACCGAUUAGAGAAUGGCCUGAAGUUGUGGCAAGCGAUGUGGGAAUUCCGGCAUCCCGAUGCACCGUGCUUCUCGACCCUGGUCAAGCCCAAACCGAAACCUUUGGGUGGGAAAUUUUCUAAGCGAAAUCAGCAUGGGGACGUGUUUAUGGGGCGCAAAUUCUCGAAGGAAGAGGGUACGGUCAAUGGUAGUCCACCAAGUCAAAAUGUAUCAGUGUCGCAGUCAGAGGCACCUUCCAAACAGCCAAGCACUGAAGAAGAGCCCUGGCUUUCUUCUCCAAAGGACACAAUCUUUCCAGAAACUAUACCAGAAGAGAGUUCUAGUACAGAAGAGGAGCAUGUUUUUAUUUAUCGCCUGCCAUCCGAACAAAACUAUGGUGGUGCUGUCAAAGAAACUUACACAGUGUAUGCUGCUGACCCAAGCCUAUUCCAGCUUCGCAAAUCUGAUCCUUCAAAACCAGGUCUACCUGGUAUCAAACCAUUGCCUCCUGUGACUAAAAUGAGUUCAUCAGAUAAGGAAUCUCUAUCAGAUAGUGCUGGUAUAGGGCAACAAAAAGGAAUACCAACAACAGAGAAGCCCAUGUCUAAACAAGUUCAUGUAUCUGCCGCUACUUUUCUAGAUGUUGCGACUUUACGGUGUUUAUUCACUUCUCAGUGGCAAGAAGAAGGUGUAUAUUGGGCACUUCACUAUCUGUACAACAGGUUACGUGAUAUUUGUGAUGAUAUGUCUAAACAAACACAGCCAAGGAAAAGAAGUAACUCUUUACCUAUUCCUAAGAUCGAAGUUUCAGUGUACCAAAGUCCAGACAUAAAAGAGCGCGACUCUUUGAAAAACUUCAUGGAAGUGCCUGAAAUCAAAGACAUGUCGCCAGUCACAGAACUACCGUUUCCAGUUUCCCCUAAAGUUGAAGAAGAAACUGUAAUGAGUAGACGAUCUAGCGAGAAAAUUAAACGCAAAAUGAAAAUGGCCGACCUCAAAGCGUUCGUUGAAACAAAACUGCUAUCGAAAUCGGAUAAGGCACUGGAAAAAAUUGGGCAGGAAGACCACAAGUUCACGUUUCACACUGCAGUAAGAAUGAUAUCUGAGUAUCAUAGAAGUCUUGAUCAUGCUGAUGAUAGACCAAACUCUGCACUUUCAAGCAACUUCCCAACUUUUGCCCCUAGACUAACUGGCGAUUUAUUUCAGUGCAAUCUGAUCAAAGGGAAAAGUAUGCCGAGUCUGAGGUACAUCGGGGAGGUGAAGACAGAGAGAGCACACGGUCCGUCUCACACAAUGCCUUGCAACUUGCAAAAGAAAAACAACCCUAUUAUAACGGUCACAGAACACACACCUACACCAUCGCCGGAUUAUCUCUCUAAGACAAGACAAGGCUCUCUAGAAUCACAAAUAGAUUCAGUGAGCAUGCAAGGAUCUCAACAUAUUCCAACGCCGGAAAGGAAACCCAGUUUGUCGCGAUCUCAGACUGAUUCAAACAUCACCUACGUGGUUGAAGAAAUACAAGAGGCUCCAGGGUCCUUGCACUAUAUCACCAAAGAUGGAGAUAUUGACUUCCAGGUUGUUCUUAAGGCAGUCUACUCAGUAUCCACCAUGGAUAGCUUCUACAUCACCUUACGGGUUAUGGAAGUUAUGCUGAACUUGGUGGAUACACUUAUGGAGAUUGGCGUUCACAAGAACUGGCAGAAUAACCAAGUAGAAGAAAUACAACCAACACCCGAUCCUCUGAUUGAUUUUAGCAAGGAAAAAGAGAAUAAGGAAAGAGAUUCAGGACUCCCCUGUGCACAAAGUCAAGAUUCCAAUAACACUAACAUAGAUGGUUGCGACAGCACAAAAGAGAAGGCUAAAGAUGAAGAAAACCUCGAUUGUCCUUACUACAUGAUCAUGCACAUUAUACUUAGACUGCUUCGCCAACUCGGCUGUUCUCACGGCUGCAUGACAGCUCUCCGAGGGCCCCAAGCAGAGUGCCUCAGGGUGCAAGCAAGGAACUCCCUACGUCAGUUGCGUUCCGAAGCCAUCCCCAAGUUUACGAUGCGUUUGAAGGAGAUGACUAAAUACGCACCCAUUAGAGAGGUGCUUGACAAUUUACAUGCUACGGUUGGAUUCUGUGUUGAGCCUUCGACAUUGGUGUCGCCUAUGAGUCAGCAAAAACGGAGCACCAAAUCUCCAGAAAUCAGCCACCUACAAUCCGCCUACGCAAGUAACUUUGGUGCCGCCCAAUGUGCCAAUGCAAAUAGAGUCAUAGAGACGUUUAUUAUAGAGUCCACUUUUCGAGUGCUUGUUACCAGAUUCGCCCUUAUGCAUAAGGAGCUGAAGAUGCUGGAUAACUCAAAAUUAUACAUGGAAGUGCGCCUCCUUCUAAGCUACGUGCGCGAAGCUCACGGUGGCAUAUUCAGAGUGGUGGCUUUCAGCGGGCUACUGGACACAGCUGAAAGACCCGACAGCCAGCAAAAAGAGUCGAAUAUGCAGACUACAAGGGUCAUAAGACAUAUUCCACGACCAGCCGACGAUGAACGCGGUUCGGAUACAGGGGCGGAUUCGGGAUGCGCCGCGGACGACCGAAGCCACAACAAGAAGUUCACGUUCAAGAAGCGAAGCACUUCUUCCACCGGUGCACAUAGCCUGCUCGAAACGGACGGCGGAGAUGAGUCCGCUAGCCAAUCUCCGCUAUCCGUGCGCACGCGCCGCUACCAGCUGACGCCGAGACAGUCGGAGCGGACGAUACCCUCCGCUUCGUCUGCGGAUAUCACGCCCCAUCAUAAGAUAUCGCACUCGAAAUCUAUACCUUCCAAGUUCCAUAUCAGUGGCAUUGUAAAUUGGUUCCGCCAAAAGCCACAACAAUCGCAAUCUUUGAUCCGCAACGGCGGUGGUUCGGGCGAGUCGUUGCCAAUCUCUGGGAGUAUGAUAUCACUCGCACGUCCACCACACGUCACGCAACCACACUCAAGCCGUCCUGUGCACGUAAAACGACGCGUUGGAUAUACGCUCAAUAGGGCUAGAAAAAGGGUUGAAGAUAGACUCAACAGAUUCGGUUUGAGAAAAAUGUGCAAGAAACGUGACGGAAGCAUUGAAGAGACAAGCGGUGGAUACAUGUCAAGGCGUGGUUCAGCGGAAGGCGGUUCAGGGGGUGGAGAAUCCGAGGUGGUGGUGCUAAAACGUAGACGACUGGUGGCUGCGGCGCCUUUAUAUGCUGGAUUGGCCAGGUUCAACUUCUUGUUGGACGCUACGCAGCCUGGUGGCACUCCUGACGCUUUGUUUAUGGCAGCUUUGUUGGAUUUGCCUCACACUGUCGUUGUUGGAAGAGCUGCUAUAAUAUUGGAAUGUGCCCACCUAGUCCAUAACUGCAACAAGGGCCAGUGGCCUUAUUGGCUAAAAUCGAAUAUUGCUAAGAAUACCGUAUCUUCCAGUCCACAACUUAGAAGACGUCUUGCCGGAAAACUAUUCUACCAAUGGGCCGAGGCUAUAGGCAACAGACUCGAAGAGAUGUUGGUUGAAGAUAAGAAACACCUAGAAAAUGUUACUACUCUGGUGACUGAUCCCGAUGGACAGCGAGAGCUCUUGCAGCAAGAUGAAGAAGAGGAUUUCCUUGACGAAGCAAGCAUUCGUCUGCCUGGAAAACCUAUUGGAGCCGAUUGCCCUCGAGCUCUAAGACUAGUCGCCUGCGUUCUUUUAUUCGAAGUAACCGCUUUCUUGCGAGAAACAUACCAAAAUUUACCAAAGUCAUGCCGCUCGUCGUUAAAGGAAAGAGGACCUUGGGACAGAGUAUACAGGGAGGCUAAUCGUCGUUGGAGUAUGGCUCUGUCAAGCAUGGGUCACUCGCAAGCUUCGGCCCAGAGUCUUCAGUCCAUAGCGGGAGCAGAGACUGAGAGAAAGAUAUCUUUUGUUCUGCACGAACCUGAAAAUGUUUCUGGGGGAAGCAACGUUACAUUAGCCGAUGCCAUCCCUCCAGCGGUGGAUGAGAAAAAAGGCCGUCUCGGUUCUCGAGGCAAAGCGUGCAUGCAUCGACGAAACACGCAGCAGACGCAUUCUGCUUAUGGCUCCAUCAAGAGACGUUCAAUCAAACUGCGGCAGAAGGAUACCAGGGACGUUGAUGACUUUUUGAAUCGAAGAUCAGAUUCUAUACAGAGUAGAAGAAAAGUUUCUUCACUUUCAGACAGAAGCGACACGUCCGAAGUGUAUCCAGCCACGGGUGGGACAGUGAUAAUGCCUGGUGAGGUAGACAGCGGAGGCGAGGAGAGUCCAGGAGUCUUAUCUGACGACCACGAUCAUCCUCCAGAUAGUCCGGACAGCAAUUCUACUGAUCCUCCCGACAAUAGCAAGGGAUUCCCUUGGCUCAAGGUGAUAGUGAAAUUCUUGAACUCCUUCAACUACGUAUGCUGCCACCAAAACUUCUGUCACCCGUACUGUUUCCGACGCAACAUGAGAGCUUGCAUCAGACUUAUGAAGUCUGUUCACAAGAUUUACGGAGAGAAGUUCGGCCCCGAAGUGAAUACGUCAAGCUCAGAUGAUGCCACCGGUGGAGCGCGCCGCAAUCGGCGCACGCGCAAAGGAUCCGAACAUUCCACUGACAGGAUCGACCGUUCAGUCAUAGAAUCGGCCGGGCUGGCGUACCGAGCGGCGGUAGUUGACCACACGAUGGCUCACGCAGAAAUACCGCCUAUCACCAAGCCUGGCGCGAUGCCGUAUCCACCGCCUGACCCGCCACCGAUACUGAAGUAUCUCAAAGGACAGGUACGCGACGCCCACCACACCACAUUAGCAACACUAAUCAAAGGCGCCACCACAAUGAGUGAAGAACUAUUCGCGGAAUCGGCUCCUGUAGCGUGGCAAUUGCUGCUAGAAUCGGACCGCGAGUUGAGUUCGUGUGCGGCCGCGCUGUUUAUACUGGCCGCUGUGAAGACGCCGCAUACAGCUGCUGAGAUCAUGCAUAACGAUUUGAAACAUUCCGAGCCUGGAGUUAGAAUAAACGCAAUCCUCCGCUUUCAAGUGAUGUGGAAGCUACGGUACCAAGUGUGGCCUCGCAUGGAGGAAGGCGCGUCUAUGACCUUCAAAGUGCCUCCGCCGGGCAUCGAAUUCACUCUCCCCUCGCCCAAGAUCGGCAUCGAGUCGCUAGCAGUGGUUGAUCCUCCGUGGAGCCCGCAAGUCAAGGAUAAAGAUAUGGAGAUGACCUUGAAUCAAGAACGCCAUCGUUCACUAGUCACCGCGACGAAAACGCGAAAGAAGCAGCAAACCGAAGCUAUCAAGAGAGCGCUGCAACAGCGGAACGACAAGAAACGCGCGGAGAGAGAAAGCUUCCUCAUCACGACCAUACCUAUAACCAGGCAAGCGGCCAGGGAACCUGCCUUGGACCAUGCGGCCGACGACCAUAUUGAACCGCCAGUAGACGAAGAGCUGGCCGAAGGAGUCAGAGGCUCCCACCACACGCAAGUAGCGUCGGCGCUGUUCCCUUCUGUGCUGUGCUCAGCGGUGGCUGAGAUCGUGUCUUUAUUGGACGAUGCCGCUGUCUCGCGCGACGGCUGUUCGGUCUAUGAAGUUGCUUAUCAGGUCAUAUGGGGCUGCCUUGUGGAAGACUCCGCCCUCUUCCUACGUCACGUCUUGGAGCGUUUAACCCGCGACCACCAGGACGAAAUGUUCAAACUCCUACGUCAUCUUAUACGUUUCAUACCGAGACUGCCACAGCAAGCGGCCUUUGCGUUGUAUAACUACAUCAUUGGCUACGUAAUGUUCUACGUCAGGUCUCCUCAUGAAGAUGGACAGAGGUUGAUUGGAGCAGCGUUAUCGAUCUUAUGGAUGGUCGUCCAUAGUGUGCACGGAAUCAUGUUCAAAGAUUUGAAGCAAAUAUUGCGGAAAGAGCAGUGUGACGCUUCAAUAUUGCUCACAGCGAAUGUGCCUGCUGCUAAGAAAAUCAUCGUGCACGGUCCAUCUGAUAACGAAGGCAGUAUCCCUUCUCAAUUCCCUGUACAAGAAGACACAGUGUUCUCACAAAUCUUGAAAGAAUCGCUUGAUUUCUUCGGCAUUCCUGAGCAUCUUCAUCGUGAACAUUUCUUGGUCGAUUUUAAAACGCGUCAAAUCCAUAACCCGCAAAACUAUGUUCGCGAUCAUUAUUUCUUCAAGCGAUCGCAAUACCCUCAACUAGGGUUGGUUCACAUGGAGCCUAACGAGGCUUUCCACAAGUUGCAGCAACAAGAACUGUUGGCGAAAUUCGUUGAGAUUGGAAAAGUGUUGCUUACUUGGGCAAUCCUGAAGAAUGUAGAUAUGGUCGUCCAACGAGUGGUAUUCUUGCACGAUGAACUAAUGAAGCUACCGUCAUUCCCGCGUAAAGCGCUUGAAGCUGAUUUAACUUUGUACAGCCAUGGGCCAUUAGGCUCAACGCUAUUAGGACUGGAUGUUUUACACAAGUUUAUGUGGGUACGUUUGAUCGCACGUAUGUUCGAAGCGAUGGCAGGUAACUUCACAUCUUCGAGGGACAUACAUCUGUUCCUGAAUGUCCUCAAUGGAGCGCUUAUGUUGCACAGCGAAGACUCCUUGAUACUGAGAUACGUUAUUGCUACUUAUGUAAACGCUGCAUUUAACUUUAAAAGCAUUUUCUCUACUAAUGGAUACCUGUUAAUAAUGCCUACGUUGUUGCAAAUCUAUUCGAACUUCCAAACUAACAAACUAGUGACUACUACAAUCGAGUACGCUGUGAAACAGUUCUAUCUUCUAAACAGGAAGCCAUUCAUACUGCAAAUGUUUGGCUCCGUAUCCGCCAUCUUGGAUACGGACGAAGAAUCUACUUAUGGUGAUGCAAGCAAAGUCCAAUCCAGCUGCCUAUUCAACCUACUCCUAAGCUUGGAAACUCCUUCGCCUGAUCCGUUACACAUUGCCGAGCUGAUCAAAGAAGAAAAACCAUUGAAACCCAUCGACUUCUGCUACCGAGACGAAGAGGAAAUGGUCAAUGUACUGGACUGCAUCAGCCUUUGUGUCAUGGUUGUAUCAUAUUCGGCUGAGAGUAUGAGGGGAUAUCAGAUGCUGAUAAUAUUAGAGGCGAUUUUGCCGUGCUACGUGAAACAGAUACAACUACCGACAUAUAACAGAGAAGGGAAGACUGAAAAGGAGAUCAUACAGCAACUAGCCAUUGCUAUCAAAACUUUAGUCAAUAACUGCGAAGGACUGUCUAAAUCUUACAACGGUCCGUACAGAACGUCGCCAGAACACAAAGGUUCUUCCCAAAGAGCAGUACCUCGCUCGGCAGCGACAAACAUCAUAUUUGACGAAUCACACUCCAAGUUCGAUAACUCUAAAAUAACUGUGCCUGAAUUUACUGGCACUGAGGAUUCCGAGUUGGUGCGAGCUGAAUACCGCCGUCCUCGUGACGUUCUUUUGUCUCUGGUCGGGGAUUUUAUUGGUCGAGCUACGACAAGGCUAAUAGACCUCAACGGAUCUAAAGGCAGUGGUGGCAGCGAAGGGAAACCGGUGGAACUGUUGGACUCCAAAUCACAUGCUCGUCUAGCAGAAAUCGCCCACUCCCUGCUAAAGGUUUCCCCUUAUGAUCCCGAGUCUAUGGGCUGCCGUGGACUAGAACGGUACAUGAGCGAAGUCCUACCAGCUGCCGACUGGGCUGAUGAUGCCUUGAGACCGUCUCUGAUCAUGAUCUUGAGACGGCUUGACAAAGUCUUCCUGAAGAUCGCUAAGAAAUCUGGCAUUCGGCGGAACACAGACUGGGUCUCAGCGUCGAACUUACUGAAAGGAGUUUACGAAACUAUGAUACGAUGUCCGUACAUAAUGCAUUGGCAGCAAGUAAAGACACUCCUCAAUACUAUUCAGGCACUAAUCGUAUCAGAUAGUAAUAAUACGGGGGAGAAUUUGUCUUCAGCCUCAGCUGCGCUUAUGUCUCAGCCACCACCGUCAUACUUUUGUAGCACUGUCGUACGAUUACUCGCUAUACAAGUCGUUAACACUGGGGACAGUUACAGCAUAGAACAAAUGUGUGGCGGCACAGCAAUAUUCCCAUCAGCAGAAAAAACUGAGAAUAUGUUGAUGAACUUACUCAUGCCCCUUUGCUUGCGAAUUGGCAGCGGUAGAAAAGACACGCCUCCCCUCCGUCAAUCGGACGUCAACCACCUAAUAUCGGUGAUCCUGAACGCGCUAUGCCCGCCGGCGCCGCCCGGCCAGUUGGCGGCCGUCAAUGCGAAACUGAACGCAGCCGAUGCGAGGGCCAACUCGCUAACGUUCACUGGUAGUAGGGACACGAGGAAUACUACUAGGCUGUCCAACCAGCUGUAUAGGAUCGCGUUUUUGUCCCUCAAAGUAAUGUGUUCAUGCUUCACAAGCGAGUUAUGUAGCGAGUGGGGCCGCAUAGCGCGAGCGAUGCGCGACUUAGGCCGGCGGAAUGAGGCGGCACACCAUCUGUGGGACUUUUUGGAACACGUCGUCACUUAUAGGACCCCGCUGUACAUUUUGCUGCAGCCUUUCAUAGUACAUAAGCUAUCUCAGCCGCCGAUAGGCGACAACGAGCGCCACAUGCAGUUCGUAGUUCGCGAGCGUGUUCGCGGCCUCAAGCUGCCGGCGGCGCGCGCUCGCGGCACGCUCUUGGCCGAUCUAGCUCGCGAGCUAAAACUUAUGCGGGAAUCUUACGACCAGUUCAAGUACGAUCUAUUUCCAGACCAAAUAGCCGAAAACCUAGGUCAGGGUGCAGGGAAGAGGGCUUCAGAGGUGUUCCCUCGCACAAACGCACAAGAGAAGCAUCAACAGCACCGGCCCUCGCUUAUAUCUAUGCUGGUGGGCCGCGGCAGUGCUAUGCCAAGGACGCCUGAUCAUCCUUCGGCGCCACUGUCUGCACAGAGAGAGUCCGUAUCGAGCGGUUCCACAACCAGCCAGCACAUGCAGCUGUUUGAAGCGAUGACCAGCAGCGGCCGCGCUAGCGAUAUCAGCAAUAACCACGGCAGCAGCAACAACUCGCAUAUGGGUUCCACAGUCUUUGGAAGUGAUACCAAACCUGCCGCUAGUACUCCGUCGUUUGGCAGCACGCAGACCAAACUGAGAUUUGUACCUUCGGUAGAAUUUAAACUUAAUUCAGGCGAGAACUCAAUGUCGCCGCUAUCGCCUCUCUCACCGCGCGACCCACGAGAGAGCGAGAGCGACGCCGGCAACCUCGCCGUCCGAAGCGAACCCGACCACGACAGCGAGCCAGGAGACCGCCCGCGGUUACAACGCGCUCAUGGGCCUUCGAAGAAGACCUUCAAGUUCAGACGCAGCCGGAACACUAAGCCCGACAUGUCACACGCGCGAAUGGAAUCCGACGAGUGCUCAUCGCCCGGUCCAGACACCACGCCGCUCCGCCGAGUAUGGUCGCAGCCGCCUCUCCUCGCACCAGCCGCCGCCAACACCGACACCUCGUAUGACAGCGAGAUAUCGCAGACCUCGUCGACUUCCGGAUACAGAGAGAGCUACAGCCUCCAAGCAUCAAUGACAGAGUCCCCAGGCGGGUCGUUGCGGGCCGCGCUCGCGUCCCCGGACGGGGUCCACAGCGCGACGCCCCGCGCAAGCCCCGACGCUUCUCUAAGUUACGAAUCGGGAACCUCAUCGGCCGAACGCACAGCGCUACUCGGCGCAGCCAGCCAAAGGUCUCUUCUGCUGAGCAGCGAUCUACGCGACGAAGACACAUUACUUUAAAAUCUCACUUAUAUUGAGUCCUAUUCCAACAUCACUAGGGAGAUCUCAGCUUGACUGAGACUAGCUAUGUAAUCUAGAAAAGUUUACUCAUGAUAAUCUCUCGGAAAAGCGAUCAAAUAAUCCAUACGUAGAUUAUACCUACCUAUGCAAAGAUUACGCGCCAAGAGUU